ACAGUUCGGCGUUCGCCAUGGAAAACAUUUUGUUUUGUUUGUAAAUAAUUUGAACUGCUUGACCGCUCUAGAUUUGUGAAAAUAAGAUAGGAUUUUCCAAUUUAUCCAUAAAAAAAUAUUUUAAAAUCCAAUUAUGGCUAUGCAAUGUCAGUUAUGGAUGGGCAGCUUGGAGCCCAAUAUGACUGAGAGCUUUAUUAUGGCUGCCUUCAAUCGUAUGGGACAGCGUCCUCUAGCUGUAAAAGUUAUGAGAAACAAAUUCACUGGAGAACCAGCAGGAUAUGCUUUUGUACAUUUUCAGACAGAUGAAGAAGCAAUAGAUGCUAUGCACAAGCUGAAUGGUAAACCAAUCCCGGGAACGUUUCCAGUGGUGAGGUUUCGGUUAAAUACUGCGUCACGGGAAGCUCGUGCCAAUAUGCAACAGGAGCGGGAGUUCUCUGUGUGGGUUGGAGAUUUAAGCCCUGAUGUUGAUGACUAUUCACUCUAUAGAAUAUUUGCAUCCAAAUAUUCAUCCAUAAAAACUGCUAAAGUAAUUUUGGACAGUUCUGGCUACACAAAAGGCUAUGGUUUUGUGAGAUUCGGCAAUGAAGAAGAGCAAAGAAAUGCAUUGUACGCCAUGAACGGGUACACUGGGCUCGGCUCAAAACCUUUGAAGAUAUGUACUGCAGUGCCUAAGCCUAAAGGCAAUAGCUCCAAUCAGAAUCCAUCUGGUCCCACUACACCGAAUUCUACAUUCAGCAGUGGCUCGGAGUACAAUCAAUACUAUGAUCCGUCUGCAUACUGGCAGAACUAUUCAGCGUGGUCUGGCUACUACGGGCAGGGCGAGCAGGGCGCGGCCGCGGCGCAGACCGUGCCCGUCGCUGACGUCACGCAGCCGCCCGCCGCCGCCAAGCAGAACGAUGAGCUCGCCUUAGUUGAUCAUAAGAAAGUCAUCGACGUUGAUGAAAUGAACGAGGAAUUUCUGGACCCAGAAUUAUCACUGUGGGACUGUCUUGAAGAGUCCCAGUGGUUUCCCCAUGAGGUCGUAGAGGCACAUUAGCUGUUAAGAUAGGCUAGUCAUUUGUAAAUAAACGUUUUUUAUGACUUAAA